AUGAACAUCAUUGAGACACUCUUUGGCCGUACGGUCACCCCGGCGGAGCGCCUCCGCCAACACCAGCGUGCGCUCGCUAAAGCGCAGCGCGAGCUCGACCGGGAACGGACGAAGCUCGAGCAGCAGGAGAAGAAGCUUGUGAUGGACAUCAAGAAGAGUGCCAAGGCUGGACAGAUCAAUGCAUGUAAAGUCAUGGCCAAGGAUCUCGUUCGGACACGACGCUAUGUCCAGAAGUUCUAUCAGAUGCGCACACAACUGCAGGCUGUCGGACUCCGGAUACAGACGUUGCGGAGUAAUCAGCAGAUGGCCGAAGCGAUGAGAGGCGCGACCCGUGCGAUGGGCGCAAUGAACCGCGGGCUUAACCUACCACAAAUCCAGCGUAUCAUGCAUGAAUUCGAGAGGGAGAGCUCUGCGAUGGACAUGAAGGAAGAAAUGAUGUCCGACGCGGUUGACGACGUCAUGGAUGACGAGCUCGAGGACGAGGAGAUGGAGGGAGACAAGAUCCUCAAGCAGGUCUUAGAUGAGAUCGGUGUGGACCUUUCGCAACAGCUCACAGAGGCGCCGACGGGCCUUGCAGUCUCCUCGUCGCUUACAGAACCUCGGCAGCCGGUGGCGCUCGGAGAUGGUGGCGGCCCUCCACAUCCGUCCGGUGGCGAUAGCGGACCUGGCGGUGGCAUGUCGGACGAGGACGCCUUGCAGGCGCGGUUGGAUGCUCUUCGGAAAGGAUGA